UGAACGCGUCUGAUAUAAUACGGGUUCUGUGUCGGCCACCACAUACACUCGCCGAACUUGAACUCUACCGCCAUGUCGCUCUCUUUCAAAGGACAAACUGUCGUUAUCACAGGCGCUGGGGGCGGUCUUGGUAAAAGCUAUUCUCUCGCAUUUGCCGCCCGUGGUGCGAAUGUCGUCGUCAACGACUUCAACAAGGAUGCGGCGCAGAAGGUCGUCGACGAGAUCGUCAAGGCCGGUGGGAAGGCCGUCGUGAACGCGUCGUCAGCGACGGAUGGCGAGGCCGUGAUUAAGACUGCUGUCGAUGCCUUUGGCACGGUCACCAUCCUCAUCAACAAUGCUGGCAUUCUGCGCGACAAGGGAUUCAAGAACAUGUCGGAUAAGGAGUGGGACCCAAUCAUGGAGGUGCAUCUCAAGGGCGCCUUUGCGUGUUCGAAGGCCGCUUGGCCGUACUUCCGUAAACAAAAGUUCGGGCGGGUGGUCAACACAGCCAGUGCCGCUGGACUGUAUGGCAACUUCGGUCAGGCCAACUACAGUGCCGGAAAGAUGGGUUUGGUCGCACUGUCGAAGACAUUGGCUUUCGAGGGUGCCAAGUACGGGAUCAAGGCUGUCACCAUUGCUCCUAUUGCUGCCUCUCCGAUGACCGAGACCAUCAUGCCUCCUGAAAUGCUGGCCAACUUGCAGCCAACACUUGUUGCGCCCUUCGUUUUGGCCGUCUGCCACCCAGAUGGACCUGAUGCUUCCGGGAAAGUGUUUGAGGUCGGUGCUGGCUUCGUAGCCGAAAUUCGAUGGGAGCGCAGCACGGGGUCCAUCUUCAAGACGGACGCCUCUUUCACACCGUCAGCUGUGAAGGCUAAGUGGGCCGAGGUCACCGACUUUAGCAAGCCUGUCUAUCCCACCAAGGUCACUGAUGUUGAUUAUGACGGCAUCUUGAAGAAGGCCUCAUCAAUGUCAACGAACCCACAAUCUUCACCUGCAGUGCGCUUUGACGGAAAGACAGUGAUCAUCACCGGAGCCGGAGCCGGUCUCGGACGGACGUAUGCUCUCAUGUAUGCCCAGUUGGGGGCCAACGUUGUCGUGAACGAUGUCAACGAGAAGGGCGCCAACUCUGUCGUGGAUGAGAUCGUGAAGGCCGGCGGAAAGGCGGCGGCGGCUGUCUGCUCUGCCGAGGAGGGUGAGGCUAUCGUCAAGGUGGCACUAGAAAAGUUCGGCGGCGUUCACGUGCUCAUCGCCAACGCUGGCAUCCUGCGCGACAAAUCGUUCCUGGCCAUGACGCCCCAAGAGUGGGACAUUGUUUUGGCCGUCCACUUGCGUUCCACAUACAAGGCUGCGCUAAAGCCGUUUGGCCGAUCUUCCAGCAGCAAAAGUAUGGUCGUAUCGUCACGACGGCUUCGCAAGUGGGCAUUUAUGGCAACUUUGGCCAGGCAAACGUCGUACUCGACGGCCAAGGCUGGCAUCAUUGGUUUGACGCGUACUCUGGGCAUCGAGGGCAAGAAAUACAACAUCUUGGCCAACGUCAUCGCGCCGUCCGCCGGCACAGCGAUGACAGCAACAAUAUGGACACCGGAGAUGGUGGAGUCCUUCAAGCCCGACUUCAUCGCCCCCUUGGUCGGAUACUUGACCAGUGCCGACAACACCGAGACCACCAGCUCCUUGUUUGAAAUCUUGGGUGGCUGGAUGGCCCAAACUCGCUGGCAACGAUCGGGCGGUCACAGCUUCCCCGUCAAGGUGCCAUUCACUCCUGAAGACGUUGUGUCUAAAUGGGGUCAAAUCACCGCGUUUGACGAUGGUCGCGCAACACACCCGUCGACGACUGCAGAAGCCCUGGAGCAGAUGGUCGCCAACUUUGGAAACGACGGAGGAGCUACCAAAGCGAAACUGUAAAUACAUUUACGAACAUCAUAUUUCUGUCAUGACUUCUGCAUCUUAAUCACACUGGAGGGGAAAACGACAACUCAGGGUCUUUUUUCAAAGCUCGCCAGC